GCCCUCCCCCCAACCACCGCCGGACGACGGCCCGUUCAGCAACACCGAGGUCGCCGCCGCCAUCGCCCAGUUGCGCCCGGGCAGCUGCGCGCUCGGCUGCACCACGGCAUCCCUGCGCGCACGUUCGUUAGCCAACCGUCAGGUUUCGGCCACGCUCGCCAACUUCUCGCGCCACGUGGGUUUGACUUCGUCUCUAUGGACCCUCAGGAAGUUUACCCCUAUCCACAAGAGUGGCCCUAGGGCGGUGAGGUCCUCCACCUGCCUGCGGCCGAUCAGCAUCGCGUCUGAUUUCGCGCAGCUGAUGGACGCUCUGUGGGUUGGCCGUUACUUCAGCAGGAUCCAACGUUUUUGCGGGGAUGCCCAAGUCGGGGGCGUCUCCGACCCUAUCUCGCUCGUUCUCGCCAUUUUGCUUUUGUGCGAACUCCGUCAGUAUGCAGGGGUGUCGACUUACUUGGCCUUCCUGGACCUGAAAUGGGGGUUCGACGUCGCCAUUCACAGCGGCAUGCUCGUUAACACCUUCUUGGCGGGCGUCUGCGGCAGGGGCUGGCUCUGGAUAGAAGACGUUGUCCGCGAGGCGAUUGAACCGCCGGUGUCUCUGGAUGGCUUGCCCUCGGGAGAAGGCCACCUGCGCGCCUUUGCAGAGAUCGUCCGGGCGAUCACCGAUCACGCGGUUGCGUUGGGUGCGCAACCGUGCGAGCAGGCGGCUGCUGCCCUGGCAUCUCUGCCGUGCCUGGCCGACCGCGUCGCCACCGUCGAACUUCUCGGUGAUGCGUCUUUGGACCCAUCACAAUAUAUCGACGAUGCAGUCGCGGCUUGUUCAUCGGUAGGUGCGCUUCGCGCAGUACUGGACCAGACCGUGCCGUCGGUGACGGUGCAGUACGCUCAGCAAGCCAAAGCAUCCUUUAAUUUUGGCACCAACAAAACUUCUGCCAUGGUUAUCGGCCUGAGCCCCAAGUUCGAUUCCACCGACAUGGGUUUCGACACCUGCUCGUCCAGAGUGAUUCUAGGGAUUAUCUUCGGAGCGGACUUGUCUUUUGGCCCCUUCGCGCGGUCGCUGCUCGCACGCGGGAGGGCCCUUUUCGACGAACUCUACCAGGCUGCGGACGCUGGAGGCUUCCUUGCGCCAGUACUCGCCGCCCAGGUGCCGUCCAGGAUUGAAGGGGCCAUCCUGUACGGAGCCGCGUUCCUUAUAGACGUGCCGCACAUCGAAACUGACCUGAACAAGCUACAAGCGUACUGGGCCAGAGCGGACGUGCCAGUUACCCACGCCCUGCUAGCGUGCGUCGGCACCUCCGAGCUCCGCAAG